AUGGAAUCAACUCAUGUAAUCUCCAUUAUGAAUGUAGAAGAGAAUGUUGCUCACAUGAAGGAGAAAAAAACAUUCCAAUUUCCACUUCCACCCAUAUUUACUUCCUAUUUCAGGGACAAGCAGAUGAAAAGUAACCUUGACACUAGGAAGAUAAUCCACAGUAUCAAAGUGGGAAUCUCCCUGGUUUUGGUUUCACUUCUGUACCUCUUGAAUCCUCUGUUUGAGCAAGUUGGAGAAAAUGCAAUGUGGGCUAUUAUGACUGUUAUUGUCAUGUUUGAAUUCUCUGCAGGAGCCACACUAGGAAAAGGCUUCAAUCGUGGAAUAGGAACUAUUUUCGGAGGAGGGUUGGGUUGCUUAGCAGCAGUUUUUGCCCGAAGCAUUGGAGGGGUUGGCAACUCGAUUAUCAUUGGUACUUCAUUAUUUAUCUUUGGAUCAGUUGCUACAUAUUUUCGACUGGUUCCAAGGAUCAAGAAAAGAUAUGAUUAUGGAGCUAUGAUAUUCAUACUAACUUUCAAUCUUGUUGUGGUGUCUGGCGUACGUGCUGAUGACAGUGUCUGGGAAAUAGCCCGUGAACGUCUCUUAAAUAUAGUAAUGGGUUUCAUUGUGUGUAUUUGUGUGAGCUUGUUCGUCUUUCCCUUGUGGGCCAGUGAUGAACUUCAUGAUUCCACAGUUUCAAGAUUCCUAGACCUUGCCAAUACAAUUCAAGGGUGCUUAGAGGAAUGUACCAAAUUCGUUAGUGAAAAGGAAAAUCAACCCCGUGCUAGCUUCAUUGUUUGCAAGUCAGUGUUGAACUCCAAGUCCAAGGAUGAAUUAUUGGCAAAUUUCGCAAAAUGGGAACCAUGGCAUGGAAAAUUUGGAUUUUCCUACCCUUGGGAAAAGUACUUACAGAUUGGAGAGGUUCUUCGAGAACUGGCUGCUUUAAUUCUUGCAGUGGGACGUUACCUCCAAUCCUCAAAACAGUCCAUGGCAUCUUUGAGGCACUCAAAAUGGGUCCAUUUAGAACCAUGUGAAGCAAUUGGGUCAAGGGUUGCGUGGACUUUGCGAGAACUCGGAGACUGCAUGAAGCAAAUGAGGAAAUGUGAAGCAGAGGCCAACAUUUCAGCCAAGUUGAAAGCAGCGAGAGAGGAGUUAAGCUUGGUGAUUUCCACGUCCAAGAUAGCAGAACUUGAGAAUGGUGAAGUGCUAACAAUUGCAAGCUUCGUGUUAUUACUAAUGGAAGUGGUGGAUAAGGUAGAAGAAUUGGCUAAAGAGCUCGAGGAACUUGGAGAUAUCGCUGGUUUUAGUAUCCAUGUAACUCCAGUGUCUUCGUAG